AUGCCUAAAGUAUGCUACGUUUUAACAAUUCCUGCAACAAGCGUCACGGUAGAAACUUUUUAUUGUUGGUACGAUGACGACAGACACGAAGAGGGUACCGAGGUGGCAACCGCAGAGCCCUGUCUAAACUGCACCUGCAAUAGGGGCGCCUUGCUGUGUUAUCUAAGGGUGUGUCCAAAAUUACCCAACCCUCCGCCACCUGGGUGCAUUCUUCUGCACAGAUACAGGACCUGUUGUCCCGAACUAAUAUGUGCAGGUAAGAAGGAAAAGACUAAUGAAUCACCUUUUUUUCUGAUGAAGCCUGAUUUUCCUGGUGGCGGAAACAGCUUGGAAGCCCGCUCUGAUCCUGACGAUGGCUUUAACUUACCACCCGACAAGACUAUUCUGGGCAAUGCUUGUAUUUUCAACGGAAGUAUCUACGGUCCCGGGUCGGCCAUGCACUCAUCAUCCCUAUGCGAAUAUUGUUACUGCUUAGGAGGACAACAGACCUGCGUCAAACCAAAAUGUUUACUGCCUAUAGAGGGCUGCGUUCCGCUGUACGACCCCACGAUUUGCUGCCCAGUGCAGUACAACUGCACUUCACAUCUACCGACGACAACGAGCAGUACCACAACAAUUGAUCCGAAGAAAUCUGUAUCAAAAGAUGGUUGCAUGGUGGAUGGAGUGCACCAUUCUGAAGGUGAAAAAGUUCUUGGCGUUGGCCAUUCUGUCUGUGAUAAUUGCUACUGCAUGAAAGGGCUCCUCAGAUGUGAGCCCUUAUCUUGCGCUCCACCCCUCUUAGGCUGCACUCCUGUUAUCAAACCUGGACAAUGUUGUGCGGCUAGUUAUAACUGCAGUGGAACCAUAGAAAUUCAACCCGAACCCAACUACGGUCUUUUUCCAAUCGUAAGCAAAGAAUACGCCAAGCUUCGAAAAGAGGUUAACCAAAAGCCUAAAAAUACUGGAGAAGUUGUAACCGUUGCUCCAUUCUACGUCUUGGCAGAAUCUUUACCUCCUUCGACAACAAAACACAGAAGUCCUGCUACUUUCGGUACAACAAGGCACUUCACAGGGGUCUCUUUCAAUCCCAGCACCACGAAGCCCUUCUACUACAAUUCUAUGGACGAAAAACAAAGUACUGAUAAACAUUCGACGAGAAAUCACGCAGAACACAAAGAGGACUUCCCAGGAGUGUACUACGCUACUACAAACUAUGAAUUUCAAAACACAAAUUACAGAAGGGUUUAUUCCACAACAACAAAACCUGUCAAACCAACAGAGUCUUCAACAUUCAAAACAGUAAAUGCUAUUACUACAACAAAUUACAAAGAGGAGCGUACCAAAUCCCCUGAUUACUUUAACUUUAUGGAUGACAGCCUUUUCAGCAUAUUCGAAUCUCUUUUAGAUGGGAAAGUGGAUAGGAAAGUUGAAAAUGAAACUGAGCGUACAAUUAACACUGAUGACACUGUGACUACUGAAGAUGUUAACGUAACAAAUGAAUCCACGACAUUAGAAAACCCUUCUACAGUAAAACCAGUAGAAGACAAUGCAACAGAACUCCAAACUGAAUCAUCAGAACAAACCACAGACUUGACAACUACUGAGUAUUAUACAACUACAGAUUCAUUUCAAAAUAAUACAUACCCUGUUACUUUAAGAACUGUUCUGAAUUCUACAGACUGCAUUAAAGGCAACUCGCUACCUUUUUUGGAAUCUAACAAAAUAGAGCUGACCACAGUACUACCAGUUGACGCUAACGAAAUUAACAAACUAGCAGAUGUUCGAAUAACGAAUUUAGAGGAUAUCGUGUCAACAACCAGUAGCGAAGAAUCCAACGCUUCUACUACAGAAGAGGAUGUUACUGAAGUCGACUUAAUAACUAAAGUAAACGUCGCUAGCGCAACUUUAAGAGAUGUUCCAAAUAUUCCCAAUAUCCGACCGGAAAUUGAAGCUAUUCUCAACAUUACAAAACAGAAAGUUGAAGAUUAUGAUUAUGAUUACAACGAGCCGUCUUUGCCACCGUCUUUACCAAACGUAAGGAUAAUUCCUUUUGUUGCUGCCGACGCUUUAGAUGUAAAAAAAGAUUCAGCUAAAGACAAUACAGUAUACGCCCAGGAAAAAGUAACUGAUACAUCUUUUGGAUAUACCAACCUAUUUUCACCACCUGUUGAAACAGAAGGAGGGUUUGUACCAAAAGACCCACCCAUACUAGAAAACUUCUAUGAAAACGCCGUCACAGUCCCUUCUAUCACCAUUGCACCUAAACCAAUGAACGCUGACUGUGCAGAUCAAGAUGGACGAGAAGUGGUCCAUGGACAAUCAGUACCAUCGGACUCGCCUUGCGUCGCAUGCACCUGUUUCUAUGGAAAUAUUGUUUGUCAGAAACCUACUUGCCCUAUUCCUAGGCCAGGUUGCAGAAAAUCGUCAGUUCAAGACCUCACUCUGUGCUGUCCACAUUACGUGUGCGACGCAGAAGCCCCGACAGUGGUACUGGACCGCCUGGAUGGAACUUCCAACUCCCAGGAAACCAUGUCUCUAUCCGACAGAAUUGUCACUCCCGACCCGUUUCGCGACGUUAUCCGUACGGAGCCAGCUCCAAAUUUGCAGUCACUUAUCGGAGAUAUGAUGCCCUUUUUAGCCCGAAAAACAACAACGCCAGUACCACAAUUCAUUACUGAAAAACCUCUACAAACACUACAACACAACACCACAAAAACUACCGAACACAUUACUACUAAGACAGAAGAAGAGUUUUCUCUCGAUAAAGUAUUACAGAUUUUAUUUUCCGGCGAAGAAAAACAUGAGACGCACACAAACAAAAUUCAAACCUCCAUUGCUGGAAAGACAGCCGAGGCUUUGUCGACUGUUUUCACGACGCCCGAGCCAUCUAUACACCAAAUGCCGAACUUAGCGCAAGCCUCUACAGAGAACGUGGAACAGCGGGAGAGUGUAAACGAGGGAGAUUCAAAUUCACAUCAUCCGAACAGUGUGGAUUCUCCGGGAGUGGGUUUGUUGAAAUUAGCAGGUUGUAAUAUUUAUGGCAGGAUGUACAGAGUAGGCAGGAUAAUAUCGGAAUUAUCAGGACCGUGCCUGGAAUGUAAAUGUACUGAAAUUGGAGUACAGUGCAGGGCACUGAAAUGUUAGAUUUGAUAUAAAUACUUAAUAAAACAGAAAAAUUUGUAAUAUGUUAAUAAGGAGUGUUAGGAACAAAUGUAAGAAACAAGUUAUAAUACUGUUAAUUUAAUUUUAUUACAAGAUCUUUUUUAUUUGUUUAUUAAUGUCUAAACAAUAAUUAAUAUGGCAAUAUUUAAUAUUUAAAUGGUAAUUCAGUUCAUUAUUAUCUUAACAUUAGAUUUUAGGAAAAUGCAAAAGAGUAAUUGAUAUUUUUUCCUAAUAAUCCUUAUUCUAAGUUUUCGUAUACAGGGUGUGACAUUUUCACUUCGUAUUUUUAUAUUUGUUUGAAAUAGUAUCAGUUCAUCGGUUGUGAGUUUAAUUAAGUUCAUCUUUUUGAAAGAUCUCACUCAUUUAAGAAUGAAGACAUAGUUUUUAUUAUAGCAUCCCUACAUUCUGCUUGAAUCUAUAUACAUUAUUUAUAGUUUUAAUUUAUUUUAUGUGCCAUUUUCUGAAAGUACUACUAAAAUGUAAAAUCAGUAUUUAAUUUAAUUUGAGUCUUUAAUUAAUUUUAUUGUCAUGUUAUUGGUGCUUAUUCUUACUAU